GCAAUUCUCAUAAAUCCAACCGAACAAGCGUUAAUCCUUUCUCUCUCGCAAAAGAAUUUUUUCUUUUUAUUUUUUUGGCUUUCUGUAUAUUCCUCUCUUGGCUUAGCGUGGUCUCCGCAAUUCGACCUUGGUGUCCAUGGCAGCUCUACUUUCUCCUACAAGGUUUUUCCUUCUACGUGGGUUUUAACGUUCAAGUUCUGCCAUGGAGUCCAACACAAAUAUGGCUACAUAGCAUGCUCCUAACCGCAAAACCCCUCAACCAAAAAACACACACACUAUACUGGGCAAGGAAUGGGGGAACAAUCUCAAAGCAUGGACAAAAUGAUGCUGUUUAUUUGGAUAGUGACAUGAAAGAUGCCCAAGAAGAAUUUGGUGAGCAAUCAGUUUCUCUAUUUUCCUCUGCAAUGGGAGAUAUUUUUGGAGAUCAGCAGGUGCUUCCUCGUGUUGGAGAUGAGUAUCAAGCCGAAAUUCCUCCUUUAAUUGCAAAAUGUGAAAGGCUACAGCUUAUAAGUAUAACAAGAAAUUCAAAAUCCAUGGUUCAUAUUGAUAAAUCUUUUAAUCUUGGAUUACCCAUCCCACUCAUGUGGUCAAAUACUGGAGAUGAAAAUAUUACUAGGACUUCAGAAUCUGAAAAUAGUGAAGAUAGCCAGAUCACUUCCAACAAUGAAUAUCCAGAACUUAAAGUUGAACCUAUGGAAAGUCUAUCAGGCUAUGGGGAAAACAAAGGAGUUCAUUCAAGCAUUCAACAGGCAGCUGGAACCAAUAAGAUGCAAGCUGAUUCAAUCUUGCCACAGGAAUUUGAAAUGAAAAUCAAUCGGGUAGAAAGAAGUUCAUGUCCUCUGCCUGGCUCAAUGGGUGAAUCAUGGACGGAUGUUGAGCAUGAUAGUUUUCUUCUUGGUCUAUACAUCUUUGGGAGGAAUCUUAUUGCUGUGAAGAAAUUUGUUGAAAGUAAGGAUAUGGGGGAUAUACUAUCUUUCUAUUAUGGAAAGUUUUACAGGUCUGAUGGAUAUCGCAGAUGGUCAGAGUGCCGGAAACUAAGAAGUAGAUGGAGUAUCCAUGGCCAAAAGAUAUUUACAGGGUGGAGGCAACAGGAACUACUAUCACGGUUUUUUUCUCAUGUUUCACAGGAAUGUCAGAGUAUGUUACUCGAGGUAUCUAGGAAAUUUGCAGAGGGGAAGAUUUCAUUUGAAGAAUAUGUUUUCACUUUAAAAAGUGCAGUUGGCAUCAAUAUGUUCAUAGAAGCAGUAGGCAUUGGCAAAGGGAAGCAUGACCUCACUGGCAUCGCCAUGGAACCAACAAAGCCCGGUCAUAUAAAUUCUAUUCGUCCUGAAAUACCAAUUGGCAAGGCCUGCUCCUCUCUUACAUCUUCAGACAUUAUCAAGUUUCUAACUGGGGAUUUUAGGUUGAGCAAAGCCCGAUCCAAUCAUCUCUUCUGGGAAGCUGUUUGGCCCCGACUUUUAGCUAGAGGAUGGCACUCCGAGCAGCCUAAGGAUAAUGGCUCUUCUGGUUCCAAGCAUUCCUUGGUAUUUCUCAUUCCUGGUGUUAAAAAGUUUUCAAGGAGGAGACUUGUCAAAAGUAAACACUACUUUGAUUCUGUUAGUGAUGUCUUGAACAAAGUUGCUUCAGACCCAGGACUGCUUGAGCUUGAAAUUGAAGAAGUCAAAGGUAGCAAACAUAAGGAAGAAUGCAAUUGGGACCCAUCCCUAAAACUGGACCAAGAUGGUUUGAUAAACAAGCAACACCAAUGUUAUCUCCAGCCUCAUAGGUCAAAUUAUAGUCAGGAUGUACCUAAAUUUACAGUAGUGGAUACCAGUUUGGCUCAUGGAGCAGAACAACACAAGGUGAGAGAACUCAGAAGUUUACCUGUUGAAACUACUGGUAUGUCAACCUCCUCUAGUCUUUCUAGUGAAACUCAAGAAGAUACAUCUGAGAACUCACAAGAGAAUGCAGAAGAAUCUAACACCUCAUAUCCGGCAGAGGAUGUGACUGUCAGUUCAUCAGAUUGUGCAAAUAAUCUUCCAAAUAUUGAUAGACAUAAUUACCUUUGUCAGACAAUUGCAGCUGAGGAAAAUAAUGAAAAUAAAAUUAGAAGUGUAAUUAAUGCCAAGGAGGAAAAGAAGACUAUGAAGUAUCAAUUCGGCCGGAAGGUAAAGUCUAGUUGCUCAAAAUAUUUGGUUCCUAUUACCAACCAGCAAAGUGACAUUGCUUGUGAUCCCAAAGAUUCAAGCUGCAGCAAUAAAAACAUGUCCGCAGAGAGGCAGUUAAAUGAAGACGAGUCUCACUGCACUGCAAAAUCACAUGAUACAUGUGAGCACAUGGUUGUUCAGGAGAGCCCAAUGCAAAAUUCGUCACCUGCCAGUUCUUUGGCUAAAGACAGUCCAGUUGAGAGCAAUGAAGGAAUUGUUGGUGAGAAUUGCCUUGGUAGAGAAGCAUAUCCUGAAAACACUCAAUCCCCAAAGUUGAUUGACUUGAACAUACCUCAUGUAUCACCAGAUUUUCCAGUCACUGAACCUAUCAUGACGGAUAGGGAGCAAGAUGAUGACAAUUCAUGUGAGAACAAAUCAGUCUUUCUAUCUGGAACAGGCCAACAACCUGAGCCAUUUAAACUCCCUGAUGCUGGGCCUCAUCUAGCGCAACAGCCUCUUGCAAAUAGCCGGAGGCAAAGUACAAGGAACCGGCCAUUGACUACGAAGGCAUUGGAAGCUCUGGAAUUAGGAUUUUUCAGCCCAAAGAAAAAGAGAAAAGGUGCAGACAUAUCAGAAAGUAACUCAUUAUCAGGGUCUUCUAGACAAGUUCGUAAAAGGAUCAGAGUUAAAGCAACUCCCAAGGAUGUUGCAGCAAAUUAUAUAGCAGACUCUAGAAGUAUUGAGUUUUUGGAUGGUUUCCAUGGUGGUAGUUGCGUAAUGAAUGACUCCAUGCUUUAAAGCAUAGAGAGAAGACCUGUGCAGUUACCUAAAUCUCACUUUUGUCAUAAUCUUGGUUUUUCUCUAUGUUCUGUCGCAAGUUACUAGUUAAGAAAAUUUCAAAUGCUUUCCUAAUAGUAUUAGAAAAGACUAAACAGAAAGGAAUGCCUUCUGCAAUCAAGCAAAUAUGUUUGCUGGGAAAUUCGAAUAUCAAACUAGUCGACAAUGAUACAGAAGUUGGAAAAAGCUGGGAGAGCAAGUAUUUACAGCUAGGAGUAACUGAUAUAAAUGACAGACGCUUUGCAAGAGAGAUUCUGUUUGAUUUCCCAUCCCCAACCUUGAAGUUAAUGGAGGAAUAUAAAACUGUGAUUCAGUUUGUUGAUCCUCAUCAUGUACAGGUAAAUGCUCAUAUCAUUCCAUAAUAAAAAAGACAUAGCAUUUCUUUUUUUAUUUAUAGAACUUAAUGAAAUAAUAAUUAGAUAUAUAUGCUUAAAGUUCUUUGGUCCCAUUGCAACCUACACUUGGGCUUAAAAAGGAAAUAAAGAUAGAUAAGGAGGAACUUGUUUAUA